AUGGCCGACUCGGUGGAUCGAGUUUUUGUCCAUGCGCUCAACACGGUCAAGAAAAUCCCCAAGACGGGUGCCUCGCGGCCGCCGCCCUCCGACCGGCUUCGGCUCUACGGCCUAUACAAACAAGCCAUGGAGGGGGACGUCGACGGCGUCAUGGAGCAACCCACGGCCGGUCCGUUUCUAACAGCAGAAGAGCUUCGUAGAGAAAGAGACAAGUGGGAUGCUUGGAAUGCCCAAAAGGGCCUGACGCGCACCGAGGCAAAGCGCCGAUAUGUCGAGGCACUCAUCGAGACCAUGUAUCGAUAUGCCAACACUACCGACGCAAUAGAGCUAGUCACCGAACUCGAAUUUGUCUGGAAUCAAAUCAAGCACAACUCCCCAAGUACCACAGACUCGUCUCCGAAAGCAGCGGGCCCCGGCAAAGCGCCUGCUCGUCAGCUACAGCAACCGCCCCGGGGCAGUCAAGGUCCCUUGAAGAUGCUCAGCCCCAUGAGCGAACAAGACGAGGCCGAGCUGCGGUCGCAAAAGCUCCUGGACCUGGACGAUGCCGGGGAAGACGGCAGCGGCAGGGGACAAACGUCGACUCGGUGGCAGAAGAAGGUUGAGCGGGCCGUCACCCAGCUGUCGGCUGAAGUUGCUGCGCUCAGAGAGCAGAUAACGACGGGGAGAGAAUGGCGAAGCAGGAAGGACCGGAGCUUCCCUUCCUGGUUUGGCUGGAUCCUCUGGGUCGUCUUGAAGCACUUCGUGGUCGAUUGCGUCUUGCUUGCCGCAGUCUUGAUUUGGAUGCGGAGACGCAAGGACCGACGGCUGGAAGACCUGGUUCGAUCAGCUCUGAAGAUAGUCAGGGAAUACGCACGAAAGGUUUUGCCAUGA